AUGAAAGAGCCCUCACUGACUAGCAGCCUCCUCCUGCUAUUGUUGCUCCUAAGCCCAGACCCUGGAGCAGCAUUGCUAAUAGCACCCAGCACUACCUGCUGUACUCAGCUCUACCGACAGCCACUCUCAAACAAGCUACUGAGGAAGGUCAUCCGGGUGGAACUUCAGCAGGCUGAUGGGGACUGUCAUCUCCAAGCUUUUGUGCUUCACAUGGCUCGACGCAGCAUAUGCGUUCACCCCCAGAACCGCAGCCUGGCUCGGUGGUUUGAGCGCCAUGGGAGAAGGCUUCAGAGAACUUUGCCCAACCUGAAUUUGGGGCUCCCAGGAAGAUGGGCUGGAGCCCCCAACAGCUAAAAUAAUAAAGCAGCAUUGGACAAUAAUCUCUGAGUGUGAUCCCCAA